AUGUCUUGGAAAUUGACCAAGAAGCUCAAGGAGACGCAUCUGGGUCCUCUUGCCAAUACCUUCUCGCGGACGCCCUCGGCGUCGACCCUCACUGGAGAUAGUGCGAAAGACGAAAAAGCAAGCAUCGCCAGUAGUGCUGGCACUCCUGCACAAAACGACAAUGGCAUAGCCGCAUCCGAAAUCAUUGCAACACAACCCCCCGCGCAACCUCGACCAGGAAUUCUCAUUGUCACCCUCCACGAAGGCACUGGUUUCUCUCUCCCAGAGCAGUACAAGAACUCGCUUGCCUCUUCACAUCAGCAUAACUCUCUUUCGCAAGGCAAUGGAUUCGGAGUGGCUGGAUCUGUCCGACCAGGCUCUUCACAACAACAAGGCAUGGCAGGCUCAUAUGCAAGCAACACGCGACCACAAACAUCUGGUGGUGGAGGAUUUGGUCCGGUACCUACAAAUCACGGUCGAAUCUCUUCCAAAUACCUCCCCUACGCCCUCUUGGAUUUUGAUAAAUUGCAAGUUUUUGUAAACUCAGUUGCUGGAUCCCCGGAGAACCCGCUUUGGGCCGGAGAUAAUACUGCCUAUAAAUUCGAUGUCUCUCGAGUCACUGAACUUGCCGUUCAUCUCUACUUACGUAAUCCAAAUGCCGCUCCAGGAUCCGGACGCAGCCAGGAUAUUUUCCUUGGUGUUACUCGGAUUAAUCCUAGAUUUGAAGAAGUUCGAAAAUACACGGAAGAUCCCAAGCUAGGGAAAAAAGACAAGGAGAAGGCAUUGGCGGAAUGGACAAACAAGGAAAAGAAUUUAGGUAUGAGUGGCACAGAGUGGGUCGAUGUUACAUACGGCACAGGCAAGCUUCGCAUUGGUGUCGAGUAUAUCGAGAACAGGACAAGAUCUUUGAAAAUCGAGGAUUUCGAUCUUUUGAAGGUUGUUGGAAAGGGAAGUUUUGGAAAGGUCAUGCAGGUCAAGAAGAAGGACACCCAACGAAUUUACGCCCUGAAGACCAUUCGCAAAGCUCACAUCAUCUCCCGGUCAGAAGUCGCCCAUACUCUUGCGGAGCGAUCGGUCCUUUCACAGAUCAACAACCCUUUCAUCGUGCCCCUCAAGUUUACCUUCCAGUCACCUGAAAAGCUAUACUUUGUCUUGGCAUUCGUCAAUGGAGGAGAAUUGUUCCAUCAUCUCCAGAAGGAGCAGCGGUUCGAUAUUAACCGAUCAAGAUUCUACACUGCUGAACUUCUCUGUGCUUUGGAAUGUUUGCACGGCUUCAAUGUCAUUUACCGAGAUCUAAAGCCCGAGAACAUUCUUCUCGAUUACUCUGGACACAUUGCUCUAUGCGAUUUCGGUCUAUGCAAACUGGAUAUGAAGGAUGAAGAUCGUACGAAUACUUUCUGUGGCACACCAGAAUACCUCGCUCCAGAAUUGUUACUGGGCCAAGGCUAUACGAAGACUGUGGAUUGGUGGACUCUUGGUGUCCUUCUCUACGAGAUGUUGACUGGUCUGCCACCUUUCUACGAUGAGAACACCAACGAGAUGUAUCGGAAAAUCUUGUCCGAGCCACUUCAUUUCCCUGGUCCGGAGAUUGUUCCUCCAUCUGCCAAGGAUCUUCUCACCAGACUCCUGAACCGCAAGCCCGAUCAACGAUUAGGCGCUAAUGGCGCCUCUGAGAUUAAGGCUCACCCCUUCUUCCAUAGCAUUGACUGGCGAAAGCUUUUGCAGCGAAAGUAUGAGCCAACCUUCAAACCCAAUGUGACUGAUGCUUUGGAUACGAACAACUUUGACAAAGAGUUCACCCAAGAGGCACCCGCUGAUUCGUACGUUGACGGCCCCGUGCUGUCCCAAACCAUGCAACAGCAGUUCACAGGCUGGUCCUACAACCGACCUGUUGCUGGACUUGGUGAUGGUGGUGGUAGUAUUAAGGAUCCAUCGGCAAUUGGCAGCGUUCAAGAUAGAUAG